GUCGUUAGGUAAGAGUUUUACUCUUUAUUCAAAUGGACUUGUUGCAAUGAGGGUUUAGGUAUGAGCUUUACAUGUACUAGAGACAACACAACUAAAUUCCAAUAACAUUUUCAUAAAGCUUUGGGAUUUUUUAAAUAAAUUAAACAAGGGGCAGACAAUAAGACAAUGUUGUUUCGAAUUCGAAUUCUUUCCCUGCUCUACUGUUUUAUUCUUCACACGGUCCACUCACAAUAUCAGUGCUCAAGAAAGUACCAAGAAUGUUCGUAUUGGUCAUCGUGCUGUCCAGGCUACAACGACGUUCUCUUGUGCUUAAGAGCCACGAAUUACAGAUAUUACUGUUAUCCUCAAUCUGAGUAUAUCAGCUAUUUUGUCCGUCAGAAGACAACACCAGCAACUUCGUUUGUUUCCACAUUUCCUAGAACCACAACGACAACAACAACUUCAACAACUUUAACGACCACAACGACACCAACAACACCAACGACUUCAACAACCGUAGCAACACCAACAACAUCAACAUCUUCAACAACCACAACGACCCCAACAACGUCAACAACGUCAACAGCUACCACCACUUCAUCUACUCCUCAAACUUCAACAACAACACCAACCACCUCAACAACCCUUACAACUUCAGCGACCACGUCCGGCAACAAAUGGUGUGCCGCAAGCUACGAAAGUUGUGACUCCUUGAGAUGUUGUGCCAACUUGACAAAACUUCAAGUCUGCACCAAAACUCCAGGUGGAAAAUUCUGUAUUGAUCAUGACAUGGCGGAUCUCUUUGGAUAGGCAUCCAGAUCAGCUGACGUGUCAUGAACAGCGACACAAUGCACUUCCUUUGAGCUGUAUUAUUGUGUGUCACAUUGCUGUACCGUCACGCGACUAUGGAGAUUUCCCAAGAGAAUUUCUUAUUUCUUUUAUUUGAGGAAUUAAUGAGGUUUUUAGUUCAUUGAAUAAAAUAAGUCAAUUAUU